UGAUUGGUUGCUAUGGGCAACUGGGCAACUUUUCCUCUGGACGGGUUUUGAUAAGUCUCCCCAUAGACUCUAGGAAACAUGUUUUUAUUGUGCAGUAAGUACUAAAACAUAAGAAAAACUUUAUAGCAAGGGGCACAGUUGGCCACAGGCCACCCAUAGACCCUUCCCUUAAAUCAGUGACCUAGCGAGCAUCUUCACAUUCUGACACUCCUUACACUAACAUCCUGUCAUUUCCUCUCUGAAGUCAGAAAAAGCGAGGGGUGCAGGGUGCCAAAAAAAAAAAAAAGGAGAGCAAGAAUGUGAUAUCUCAAGAAGUAUAUAGCAACAACUAAGGAAGACGGAAGAGUGAAAGCGGGGAGAUGUCAAGCAGCAUGGAACAGAAGAGACUGGAUGGCAGGACAUUAAAGGAACAAGCUAAGUAAUAGACAUUGAGGACACCAACAUUCUGUUUCACCAUAGGAAGAUACAGCCGACUGACUAACAAGACAGCGAGUGAAUAGAACAGAACACACGGAUACACGGAUAUUGCAACUGACUGUAUAUAGUGAGGAUCAAUCCUGCAAAACUUCAAUAAAGAUUAUCCAAGAAAAUGUCAUGAGGAUUGGAGGAUUAGCCAAGCUACGUGUUGCUCCUUUCCAAUCUGUAGGACCCACUAACCAUUGAACUGCACAUAUAUAUAUACAUAUAUAUAUUUAUAAGUAUCAUACCAGUUUUGGAAUUUUCCAUGCAUUCCCAUUAUAUAGAAGGGUUUGCAUUCAAUGUAUGCACAGCCAGACCUGAGCUUGUACCAAUGCCAACUGUGACUGCCGACCCUGAGGAACCAGUGAAGCUCGGUGUUUGUGCCAAGUCUUUAGUGUCCUUGGCUUAUGUCUUUCUGCUAUUGGCUGGAAUUUUGGGGAACACUGUCGUCAUAAGGGUACUUAGGAACAUCCGUGAGGGGCGAAGCGUUCAUGCCUCACUUAGUCACCACAUUUGUAGCCUGGCAUGCUGUGACAUUUUGCAGCUGGUGCUGGGCAUCCCCGUUGAAUUGUAUAGCAGUAUCUGGAGUCCUUUUCCAUGGCCGCUGGGAGCUGCUGGAUGCUCUGGCUUCUAUUACCUAUGGGAAGUGCUUUGCUAUGCUGCUAUUUUUAAUGUACUCUCUUUGAGUUAUGAUAGACACCGUGCAACCUGUCAUCCUUUGAGCCUUCACAUUCAGUUUUCAAGGGUGCGCUUACGGAUUUUGUUGCUGUGGAUAGCUUCCCUGCUGGCUGGUCUGCCUUUGCUUUUUUCUAUGGGAUUGGAAAACAUCAGUGUUAAUGCAGUUGAGGAAAAGCAAGUAUUGGUGUGUACACCACUUAGCCCAAUGAUAGGGCUCUUUAAAGUCAGCAUCUGGGCAUCCUUCCUUACAUACCUGGGUGCGUUGUUGGUGGUAGCCAUUACCUGCUGGAAGAUGAGGAGAACUCUGCAGGGGAACAGGACUGACAGUUUGGAAAUUACUGGACCCAAUGGAUCUAUACAGUUAUUGGGCAGGUUCUAUGGACGACAUGUGGCUGUGCGCAGACAAAAUGCCAAACUACUAGGCUGCAUCGUUGGAGUGUUAGCUGUGUGCUGGCUGCCGUUCCAAUCUCGGAGGCUCAUGACUGUAUUGCGGAGUAAAGAGCAGUGGACAGAUACCUAUUACCGCUCUUAUAUCACCUUACAGCCCAUUACUAACAGUUUUUACUAUCUCAAUGCUUGUCUUACCCCUCUGCUUUACAACCUGACAUCCCGCCAAUUCUGCAGAGCCUUUCUGCAUAGUAUCACACCCUGCACAAAAGGGGCUCCUCCAGAAUCGGGGUCCUGGGAGACACAAGCAAGAGAUCAUGGAAUCAGACUCUCUGCAAUAGAAUCAAGUGACAUGUUAUAGAUUCUGUUUUGUUAAAUUUCUCCUUAAAGGGGUACUACCGU